GUUAAAAGAACGACUCGUACUCAUACUGUAACUUAUCACCUAGCUGCUACUGGUUCUGAUAUUGUCAAACCAUUUUUAGAAAUAUGGACAUUUCGGGGAGUUCGGUGAAGAAGCAAAAAUUGAAUAACGUUCCUGAAAAUUGGGGGAUGCAGAGAGCAACGAAUGUUACCUACCAAGCCCACCAUGUAAGCAGAAAUAAACGUGGACAAGUUAUAGGAACUCGUAGAGGAUUUCGUGGAUGCACUGUUUGGCUAACAGGCCUUUCUGGCGCAGGAAAGACCACAGUCAGUAUGGCUUUAGAAGAGCAUCUGGUAUGUCAUGGCAUCCCUUGCUAUACACUGGACGGAGAUAACAUUAGACAAGGCCUGAAUAAGAACUUGGGGUUCAGCCCUGAAGACCGAGAGGAGAACAUUAGGCGCAUAGCAGAAGUUGCGCGAUUGUUCGCUGACGCUGGUCUGGUGUGUAUCGCCAGCUUCAUCUCACCCUACAGCAAAGACCGGCUAAAUGCCAGAAAGAUCCAUGAAGCAAAUGGACUUCCUUUUUUUGAGGUCUUUGUUGAUGCCCCUCUGGAUGUUUGUGAGCAAAGAGAUGUAAAGGGCCUCUACAAAAAAGCCAGAGCUGGGGAAAUCAAAGGUUUUACUGGAAUCGACUCUGAGUAUGAGAAGCCUGAAGCUCCGGAGCUGGUGCUGAAGACGGACUCCUGCAGCGUGAAUGAAUGCAUCCAACAACUUCUGGACCUCUUGCAGGAGAAGGAUAUUGUGCCGAUUGAUGCUUCAUAUGAAGUGAAAGAGCUUUAUGUGCCUGAGAAUAAACUGGAUUUGGUCAAAGCAGAUGCAGAGACUUUGCCAACACUGAGCAUCGGAAAGGUGGACCUGCAAUGGGUUCAGGUCCUGGCUGAGGGUUGGGCAACGCCACUCAAUGGUUUCAUGAGGGAGAGAGAGUAUCUGCAGUGUCUUCACUUUGACUGUCUUCUGGAUGGUGGCGUUAUCAACUUGUCUGUGCCCGUGGUCCUGCCUGUCUUUACUGCGGACAAAGACCGUUUAAAUGGCUGCACUGCCUUUGCACUGGUCUCCGAAGGCCACCGUGUGGCCAUUCUUCGGAACCCUGAAUUCUAUGAACAUCGCAAAGAGGAACGCUGUGCCCGCCAGUGGGGCACCACUUGCAAAGACCACCCUUAUAUUAAGAUGGUUGUGGAGAGUGGAGAAUGGUUAGUUGGGGGUGAUCUCCAGGUUUUGGAUCGCAUUUAUUGGAACGAUGGCUUGGAUGCAUAUCGCCUCACUCCAAAUGAGCUAAGACAGAAAUUCAAGGAGAUGAAUGCAGAUGCUGUUUUUGCCUUUCAACUCCGUAAUCCUGUUCACAAUGGCCAUGCAUUGCUAAUGCAGGAUACCCAGCGGAAGCUAGUAGAACGUGGAUACCGGCAGCCAGUGUUACUGCUGCACCCACUUGGUGGUUGGACUAAAGAGGAUGAUGUGCCUCUGCUCUGGCGCAUGCGCCAACAUGCUGCUGUCCUUGAGGAUGGUGUCCUAGACCCUUCAUCAACCGUUGUUGCCAUCUUCCCCUCACCAAUGAUGUAUGCUGGACCAACAGAAGUACAGUGGCACUGCAGAGCACGAAUGGUGGCAGGUGCAAACUUCUACAUCGUUGGUCGUGAUCCUGCAGGCAUGCCUCACCCAUCCACUGGAAAGGACUUGUAUGAUGCUACACAUGGAGCUAAAGUUCUCACAAUGGCACCAGGCCUCAUCUCUCUGGAGAUUGUCCCUUUCAAAGUGGCUGCUUACAACAAAGUGAAGAGAAGCAUGGACUUUUAUAACUCUCAAAGGCAUGAAGACUACGACUUCAUCUCGGGAACACGAAUGAGAAAAAUGGCUCGCGAGGGUCAGAAUCCUCCUGAUGGCUUUAUGGCCCCUAAAGCUUGGAAUGUUCUUAAGGAGUACUACAAGUCUCUAGAGAAAAAUGUGGAUACUGCCUAAGGAUAGAUAACAACCAUCCCAUUUCUGAAAACUGAUCAACUUAUUGGACUACAGUAGAUGUGCUGACCAGUUGUGGUACUUGGGCAUACCGUUCAUCUCGCAUUGUACACACACUCACCUCCUUUUUGUUCUACACUGGAAAUAUUUCUGGAAGAUGGUCUACUUAGAAAGACAAAGUAAGGAUAGUGCUAUCCAGAAGCAUAUAGUAUAACUUAAAAUAUUAUGAUUAAGAAAUAAUGAGUAUCAUUAGGAAUAUUUAUUGAAUAAUUUUGAAAGACACAUCACAUUUAUGUAUCGCUUUUCAAGACAUCCAAAGCACUUCGCAGUGAAGGGGGAACCUCACUAACCACCACCAAUGUGUAGUGGAGUGGAGAGUGAAUGAAUGAAUGAAUGAAUGAAUGAAUGAAUGAAUGAAUGAGCCAGCCAAUUACACUGGGGGAUGAUUAGAGGGCCAGAUUGAAUGAGCCAGACUGGAAAUUUAGCCAGGACACCAGGGAACUCCCUACUCUGUGAUAAUCGCCAUGGGAUCUUUAAUGACCAUAUUGAGUCAGGACCUCAAUUUAAUGUCUCAAAGGACGGCAUCACCUGCAGUACAGUGUCCCCGUCACUGCACUGAGGUAUCGGGAUCAAUUUUUGGCCAUAGGGAAGAGUGCCACCUGCUACCCACCCAUCAACACCUCUUCCAGCAGCAACUUAGUUUUUCAAGGAGGUCUUCCAUCCAAAUACUAACCAAGCCCACACUUAUUACACAGUAAUUCAGCAGACAGGGUAUCUGUUGGUCUGGCUGCUGGCAAAUUAAAUCAGUUUUUAAAUGGUUUGUAUAAUUUCAGUGUAACACAAACUUAGAAUGGCAAAUCUGAGUUAAUUGCGAGUCAUAUUCAACCAUGACAUUUCUUACAAAAUGCUGUAAAUUCAAUUUCACCCUGUUUUGUUGAUAUAUGUUCAAGUAGAUCCCGCUGAGGUAAUGUCUAGUAGAUAUGGAUAAGACAUGUGUGACCCUGCAAGGCGAAACCAUUCGCUUUGGUAAAAUUUAGAACAUUGAAGUUAUGCUCACAUGAACGGCCAUAAACUAAGCUUUCCAACGAUUGUAUAUCGAGGGUAUUCAAGGCCGGCAUAGUUCUCCCGUCACGAUAUGCCAGAAGAGGAGAAAAUCACCUUUAUAAGUGGCGUGGACAACGGGAAUGACUGCUAAUGUGUUGAAUCUUCACCAGGUUUAAGAGUCAAAACUUAUGUUUUCCAUGAAAUAUUUUCACAAUAUGAAAAUGUAGACUAUAUACUGUUGAAUUAAGCGAAAACGUGAAAUUCAAAAUUUUUGCCCGUACGAUUGUUUAUUGUGGAUUUUAUCAAUAUAGCAUUGAGCGCAAAGCGACUGGUUUUGCCUUGCAGGGUCACAUUUGUAUACUUAAGAAUGAAUAAGUAUGUGCUCAUGAGAGGAGUAAAAAACACAAUAAAUAGUUUGUGUCCAGUUAU